AGAUGUUACAUGUCCAAAUAGAGCAACAGGCUACUGCAAAGCAAAUGCAAUCUGCCAUUUUCAUUUCCAAAAUUCGUUUCACUGUAUCCAUUGAUCUAUACACCACAGCAAAACGCAAUCCGAUUCCGAUUCCGAUUCCAAUUCUGACUAGAUCUAGGGUUUCCACAUUUCGUUGUUAUUCGCCGGAGCAACACCGAUUGAAAGAUGCACAUCAAAUCGGCGCAGUCAUCAUUUCGGGAUCGGUCGCAGGAAUUCCAGAGCAUUGCGGAGAGGUUGAAGAAGUCAGGAUCUGGGCCCAAUGGGCCUAGCAGUAGUGGUGCUAGUUCUUCCAGAUCGGAGGAACAACGAUCUGCUGUUGCAAUUCAAUCAGAAUUCAAUAGGAGGGCUUCCAAGAUUGGCUACGGGAUUCACCAAACGUCUCAGAAGCUCGCUAAGCUCGCCAAGUUGGCUAAAAGAACUUCGGUUUUUGACGAUCCCACCAUGGAAAUCCAAGAGCUUACGGGUGUUAUUAAGCAAGAUAUUACUGCUCUGAACUCUGCUGUUGUGGAUCUUCAGUUACUCUGCAACUCUACAAAUGAGAGUGGAAACGCUUCUACCGACACAACUAGCCAUUCAACCACGGUUGUGGAUGACCUAAAGACCCGAUUGAUGAGCACCACAAAAGAGUUUAAAGAUGUUCUCACCAUGCGAACUGAGAACUUGAAAGUACAUGACAAUAGAAGACAAUUGUUUUCGUCCUCUGCCUCUAAGGAAUCUGCAAAUCCCUUCGUCCGUCAACGUCCUUUGGCUACAAGGUCGGCUGCUACUGCUUCUAAUGCCCCCGCACCACCCCCAUGGGCUAGUGGGUCACCAUCUUCAUCUCAGUUGCUUCCUAAGAAGCAGGUGGACGGGGAGAGUCAACCAUUGCUGCAACAACAGCAGCUGCAGCAGCAGCAGAUGGUUCCAUUGCAAGAUAAUUACAUGCAAAGCAGAGCUGAAGCUCUUCAGAAUGUUGAGUCCACUAUUCAUGAGCUCAGCAACAUCUUUAAUCAGCUAGCAACACUUGUUUCCCAACAAGGAGAGAUUGCCAUCAGGAUUGAUGAAAACAUGGAUGAUUCAUUGGCAAAUGUAGAGGGGGCACAAGGGGCUCUGUUGAAGUAUCUGAACAGCAUAUCUUCUAAUAGGUGGCUAAUGAUCAAGAUUUUCUUUGUAUUAAUAUUUUUCCUUAUGGUUUUCUUAUUUUUUGUGGCAUAGUCAUGCCAAUGACAGAGAAAUGAAAACGUGGACACCAGUGACGGCCUUCUUACCGGUGAUGAGUCUUCUGCGUUUCAUUAAUAUUUCUUUCUCCAAAUAUAUAUUCAUUCCUCCAGAGUUUUGCGUAGUACCAUGUUUGUCAAAUUUUAUAUUUGUACUUAUUGGUACAUAUAACGAGGUUAAGAACUGUGUAUUACAUUCGGUCCAUUUAUCCUUUCGUAAUUUAUGUUGAUUAUUUUACAGUGGAGGCUUUUUUUAAAAUAUUUGUUAUGCAUAUCGAUGUUGGGAUUUGGGAGCAAAGAAAAGCAAUG